UUUUUUUUUACUUGAGUAAUGUAUAUUUUGAUUUUGCAAAAGUUGAAUUAAACAAAGUUUGUUUUAAAAAUUUGUUUUAUCAAAAUAUUUAUAAUAAAAUGCAAGAGGAAAACGUUUCAAGAGAUUUAAAUAAUAUAAGAUUUGGAAAACAAGAAUUUGAUUUGGUUGAUCAAAAAAGUUUGAUUGAAAAGUGUGGUGAAAUAUUUAUAUCAAAACUUAGUAAAAUUAUACAGUUGAACUGCAAUAUAUGCCAAGGAAUCUUUGAAGAGUUCGAUUUAUUUAAACAGCAUCAAUUUGCUGAGCACUAUAGCGAAAAUGGACAUAUUGAAGAGAAUAUUGGGAAAACAUCUCUAGAAAAAGCUACUAACUUCGAUUUGUUAGAAACAAGUAAGCUAGGGGAAACUAGAGUUGAAAUUUCAGAUCUUUUUAAAAGUGGAAGCAUUAAUAGUUCUGAUGUUGAUGAAAAAGGAAGUGAUGUUAAAGUAGUAAUUGAAGCGGUAGAUUUACAAAGAAGUAUUAAGCGUAAUAGAAAAACUUAUAAAAAAGGUCUUAAGUUCGAUACAGGAACAAAAAAAAAAGUUAACAUUAGCAAUAAUAUAUGUGAAUAUUGUAAUAAGAUGUUUAGCAGUACAGCAGCUUUAAAUGACCAUAUAAACAUUCAUACUGGGAAAAAACCUUAUUCAUGUAGCAUGUGCUCUAAAAAUUUCAGAUGCAAACAAAAUCUUAAAGAUCAUGAACGGAGGCAUAAAGGAGAAGCAAACUAUCCUUGCGAUUUCUGCAGCAAAAAGCUCUAUUCAAAAGGAGAAAAAACUAUUCAUGAAAGAAUACAUACUGGUGAAAGGCCUUGCAUUUGUGAUAUUUGUGGAAUGGGCUUUACAUCGAAGUCGACACUUUCACAACAUAAAAUAACACAUAAUAUUGAAAGAUCACAUGAUUUUAAAUGUAAUGAAUGCGCCAAACUCUUCACCUCAAAAACUAAUCUGACCCGCCAUUUCAAAACUCAUAUUGGAGGAACAGAAGAAACAAAAUUUAAAUGUGAGCAUUGUGGAAAAUAUUGCAAUUCUCAAGUUGCGUUAAAUGAUCAUAUAAAUACGCAUACCGGGCAAAGGCCACAUGUGUGUACUUUCUGUCCAAAGAGCUUCAAAUGCCGACAAACAAAACUAGCUCACGAGAAACGUCAUACGGGAGAUGCUAAAUACCCGUGCACAAAAUGCGAAAAAAAAUUCUUUUCUUCAACAGAACUAGCUAUACAUGAGCGCUAUCACAAUGGCGAAAGGCCUUGCAUAUGUGAGUUGUGUGGAAAAUCAUUUAUAAAUGCUGGAGCCAUGAACGCUCAUAAGAAAAAUCAUGACGAGCUAAAAACUUUUGAUUUCAAGUGCGAGCAGUGUGAAAAAUUAUUUUCGUCAAAUAAAAAUUUGAAGAGACAUAAAAUUGUACACAUGACUGAAAAACCUUUUGCUUGUGAUAAGUGUUCUGGGAGAUUCACUAGGAAAGAAGGACUCGCAUCGCAUUACAAAACGCAUGCUGAAGUUAAGGAAUAUAAAUGCAAAUUUUGUGCGAAAGAAUUUGCGCAGAGUUCAGUUCUCUAUCGGCAUAUGAGAACGGUUCAUUGAUAUUUUAUUUUAGUUCUUAUGUAUUGUUAUUUAGAUUUAUUUCCUUGUAUACUUUUCAAAACUGUUAAAAAAUAUUUAUGCACAUUAAACAUGAUAAGUCCGAGUGCAAAAUAAAAAAAAGAAAAUUUAACUAAAGUUGGAGUUUAAAUGCGACUUUUAUUGAAUUUUGUA